AUGGACUUACCUGACUACCUGUCUCUGGCAAUCAACAUAGCCAUUAGUUUAUUCCAGCCCAAGUUUCCUCUGUCAAAUAAUUGUCAAAGAUGUAACUCAUUUACCAGUAAACACGAGUUUAAGCAGCAACUCCACAGCAAUAAGCAAGAUACAAUUGUGAACAACAUAGGUACGAUGAAUGAAAACCAAAUUGUUGUUAGGCAUGAAUCAGAAGGUGGCAAGACUCCCACAACGGGUGACGAAUCACAAGAUGUUAGUACGAUUACAAAGACCAUUAAAGGCCGUGGUCCGUCAAAAGCAAGUUGGGAGUGUGCUACUAGAAUUAAUAUUAACGUCCCAUUAUAUCCAAAGGUAGAUGAGCAAAUCAAGAAGGGGUUUUGGGAGGAGACUAAGCUUAUGUUCCACAUUACUGAUGAUUCUAAUCAUUCGAGGGAGAAAUAUUUUCAUUCUUGUGUGGCGAAACGAUUUAGUUGUUUCAAGAGCAAGUUGGUGCGCCGAUGGAUAACUAUGAAGGAAAAGAAGCCAAAAAAUCAAACAAACAAGAUGCCUUGGGAUGUCUACAACCAUAUCACAGAGGAUGAUUGGAAGACUUUUGUUAAACAUUAUUUCCUGCCAGAGUCAUUGCUUCGUAGUGAAAAGGCGAGGAAAAGUGCAUCAUGCAACAAGAACCCACAUCGCACCGGCCAAAAGGGUUAUAAUAGAAAGCGACUAGAUUGGAUAAAGGAUGGACGACUUCCACCAGAUGCAGCUUUACCUAUCUCGAGUAGCUCCUCGGUGAACUCAUCAGUGACCUCAAAUGUUAAUAGAGUUAGAAAAUACAGAUCAAAGGAGUGGAUUUUGGCCCAUCAAGUACAAAAUAAAGAGGGAAAGUGGGAAAUUGACCCGAACGAUACAGAAGUUGUUGAAAUCGCAACAAAAGCUUUAGAGUACAUCGCAGAAGAGGAAAAAGGAAAUCUUUCUUUCGAACAGGGUGAGGAUGCCCUCACUAAAGCUAUAGGGAAAAAAGAUCAUCGUGGGCGUGUCAAGGGAACAGGUGGCAUGGUUGGUAUCAAAAAGGCUUUCGGUCCGUGUAUUCGACAUAGUAGAAGUGACCAUGGUGAAGCUUCAUCAGAAAAUUACGAAUCAAUCAGAGCUUCUGUGAAAAAGGAGUUUGAAGGUGAAUUAGAGAAAAGGGUAGAGAAAAGGGUGGCAGAGGCCCUCCAAAAGCAACUAAGCACCUUGUUAAAAACAGGACAACUAAACUCCAUUUCUACCCCGAUACCUGAUGACCUCCACUUAAAUGAUUCUGCCAGAGUUGACCUUGAUGUUAGUGCUACAAGAACCACUCGUCACAUCUUAGUGCCGCAACCACGCGAGCUAAAGGAAAGGACUCCAUGUCGUCUUGCCCUUGAGGAGAAAGUUUCAGGCAACAACAUUGUCGUGGCGGAUGGUAUGGUACAACCCUCAGAUGGUGCAUUGCCCCAACAUUUUACAUCGAUGAAGCCUGGUCACUAUAAAGUCCAAGUUGAUUUUGUUUACGACGGACAUGUUGAUGAUAUUCUUCCGGUACCUACGGGAGAUGGUUUCACUAACUUAGGCGGUGCUCUGGGUAGUUUUGUGCAAUGGCCCAUACACUUAGUGAUUUUCGAAGACGGCGAGGAUUGUAUUUCACCUCCUAAAAAGAAGUCCAAGUCUAAUGUUUCUAAAGAGAGGGAUGGUAGCUCCAAGAAAAAGACAACGGUGUUAGCGGCCCAAAAGAAGACAACAGACUUACCAUCCAAGGUGUUUAUUGCACGAUCAUGCCAAAUCAUUUGA